UAAGAACCAAAAUAAGAGAAGGACGACAUGGCCAGAGAGAAGGAAGAGACGACAACAGAGGAGCCACUUAGCCCGGUGUCACAGCUGUUCGUUUCACCGAGUGUCUAUAGCAUCAUUGUCUUUACUUUAGGCUUUAAGACUAGAUGCGACCCAACUGCCAUUGUUGAAGGUAUCAACAACACAUGGAUCAAGCUUCCCCGCUUCUCUAGCAAAGUGGUGAUGGAUGAUAAGAAAAAUGGAAAAGCGGUUUGGGUUCCUGUUAGUAUUCGAGUAGAAGAUCAUGUUGUUGUUCCCGACCUUGAUCAUUCCAACAUUGAGAAUCCUGAUGAAUUUAUAGAAGACUAUACGUCACAUCUGGCCAAUAACCGAAUGGACAUGUCCAGACCUUUAUGGGAAUUUCAUGUUCUGAAUAUAAAGACAUCAAAUGCAGAAUCUUUUGGUAUAGGGAAGUUCCAUCAUUCACUGGGCGAUGGUAUGUCCCUUAUGUCUCUUCUGUAUGCUAGCUCACGAAAAACAUCAGACCCCGACGCUUUUCCUACUACUGUGACUACAACAAAACAUGUUGAAUCCAAGAAUAUUUGGUGGUUGGUUGCCAGAUUUUGGUUUAUAAUAAUGAUCUUUGUUACAACUUUUGUUGAGAUGUGCAAGUUUCUCCUUACACUAUGUUAUUUGAGGGAUACUAAAACUCCUCUUGUUGGUAAAUUCGGAGAUAAAGUUCAGUAUAGAAAGGUUAUCCAUCGGAUAAUAAGCCUUGAUGAUGUCAAGUUCGUGAAGAACACAAUGAAAAUGAAGGUGAAUGAUGUUCUUCUUGGAAUGACACAGGCAGGUCUCUCAAAAUAUCUGACUAAAAAAUAUGACGAUAAAAAUCCAAUGGCCGGGAAUAAGAAACAAAUAUUAGACAAAACCCGUCUUCGUGGUACAGUAGCUGUAAAUCUAAGACCAGCUACAAAAAUCGAGGACAUUGCUGAUAUGAUGACAAAAGGAUCAAAAUGUAGAUGGGGAAACUUCAUAGGUCUUGUGGUAUUUCCUUUAUGGAUAAGAUGUGAGGACGAUCCCUUGGAAUACGUUAGGAGAGCCAAAGCUACUAUGGAUAAGAAAAUCUCCAUGGAACCACUUAUAUCAUAUGGCAUCGUCAAAUUAAUCAUGAAAAUAUUUGGGGAAAAGGUAGUGGAAGCUAUUGCAAAGAGGAUGUUUGGUCAUACAACAAUGACAUUUUCAAAUGUGUUGGGUCCACACGAAGAUAUAAGUUUUUUUAACCAUCCCAUGUGUUAUAUCGCAGCAAGCGCACUGUUUGGACCACACGCUCUUAUAAUCCAUUAUGUAAGCUACGUAGACAAGCUUGUCAUCAAUCUAGCUGUCGACACAGCAGUGAUUCCAGACCCUCAUUUACUAUGUAAUGAUUUGGUAGAGUCGCUUAAUAUCAUCAAACUUGCUGCCUUGGAGAAAGGGCUUCAAAAAAUGGAGGUUUGAGUCAUGUAUCACCAGAUCUUUGUCUAUGUUAAGAAAAGGCUGUGAAAUGUAAUGUUACUUGAUCUUGGUUUGUAUUAAGUUAUGUUGGUGUGUAAUAAUAUAUACUCAAAUUUAGCAGCUUAA